AGAAAAAUCAGAUAACAAAUAAGAAUCAGCCACCUCUCUCUCUCUUGGCUCUCUCCUCGUGCACAGCUCUCUGACUCCGUUAAGACUCCGAGUCUCUGAACUCUCUCUCUCUCUUUCUCGCCGCGAUUGGUGGUGGCUCGAGCUUAGAGAUCACCGGAGAAAACUGUAUGCAAUAUUUCUGGGGGGAAAAAAACAAAGAUCGCCUCAAUCCUAGUUCCAAGCAUCGGCUAACCAAGUCGGAAGUUCAAUUUUGGUACCGGAAUUAGUUGCUGCUGAGAGUUGAUGGAAUGAAGUGAAAUGGAACUUGUCAAUGCUUGUGGUUUUGUGGCUUAUUGAAGUCUGGGGAAUAAUAGUAGGAUAUUGAGGAUGUUACUGUUGUAAAGAAAAAAGUAUGGAAGACCUUCGUCUGUCACCGCUGAAACUAGGUAGCUUUAAGUCUUCAUUGUCAGGGAGGUCUACUCCAAAGGGUUCACCUACAUUUAGGAGAGUUCAUUCAGGCAGGACUCCACGUAGAGAUGGCAAAGGUAGUGGUGGAGCAGGUGUUCAGUGGUUCAGAAGUAACCGUCUGCUAUAUUGGCUACUUUUGAUUACUCUUUGGACCUAUCUUGGAUUUUAUGUUCAGUCCAGAUGGGCGCAUGAUGAUGAUAGCAAAGUUGAGUUUUUACGGUUUGGAGGCAAACUGAGAGAAGAUGUUUUGCAUGUGGAGCAGACUAAACGACUUGAUUCAGUUGCUAAUGGGAGUUCUCAUGCUGUAGUAGAUAAUACCAAUAUAAUUCAUAUAGGUGUAAAUAAAAGGAUGCAUGUAACUUUGGCCAAGAAAGAGGAUGUCACAUCUCGAACAAGCUUGAGUUCCAGGAGGAGGACCAGAAAAGGUAGUCGUAGUUCACGUGCAAGGAUUCGUAGUAAGCAGAAGGUGAGGAAAGUGAUGGAGACUAGGGACUUGGACGAGCAAGAUCAAGAACUUCCAAAGACUAAUGUCACCUACGGUAAACUUUUUGGUCCGUUUGGAUCGCUAGAGGAUAGAAUUCUUGAAUGGAGUCCGCAAAAGCGAUCAGGGACCUGUGACAGGAAAUCAGACUUUAAACGUCUUGUUUGGUCUAGAAGAUUCGUCCUACUUUUCCAUGAACUAUCAAUGACUGGUGCUCCAAUUUCAAUGAUGGAGUUGGCUUCCGAGCUUUUGAGCUGUGGUGCAACAGUAUAUGCAGUAGUUUUGAGUAGAAGGGGUGGAUUAUUGCCAGAGCUCACAAGGAGAAGGAUCAAAGUGGUUGAAGACAAAGGAGAACUCAGUUUCAAAACUGCCAUGAAAGCAGAUCUUGUUAUUGCAGGAUCAGCAGUCUGUGCCUCAUGGAUAGAUCAAUACAUGGAUCACCAUCCAGCUGGUGGAAGUCAAAUCGCUUGGUGGGUGAUGGAGAACCGGCGAGAGUACUUUGAUCGAGCAAAACCUGUGCUCGACCGAGUGAAACUGCUAAUUUUUCUAUCUGAAGUACAGAGCAAACAAUGGUUAACAUGGUGUGAAGAGGACCAUAUAAAGCUUAGGUCUCAGCCGGUUAUUGUUCCGCUGUCUGUUAAUGAUGAGUUGGCUUUUGUUGCCGGGAUUUCCAGUUCACUAAAUACUCCAACACUGACCCAGGAGAUGAUGAAGAAGAAAAGACAAACACUACGUGAAUCAGUCAGAACGGAGUUCGGUUUGACAGAUACGGAUAUGCUUGUGAUGUCUCUUAGCAGCAUAAACCCGGGAAAGGGACAACUUCUUCUUCUUGAAUCUACCGCCUUGGCACUGGAGAGACAACAAGAACAAGAACCAGUGACUAAAAGUAAUCAGUCCAGAAUCAAGAACCUCAAUGGCAUCAGGAAGGAAAAGAUUAGUCUUUCUGUCAGACAUCGUUUAAGAGGCUCACCACGGAAGAUGAAAAUCACGUCUCCUGCUAUUGAAAAUCCAUCCGUUCUCACGGCCACUGGUAAAAGAAAGCUGUUGUUGUUUGGCAACGUAACACAGAAACAAAACCUUAAACUUCUUUUUGGAUCAGUUGGGUCUAAGAGCAACAAAGUUGCAUACGUUAAGGAAAUGUUGAGCUUCUUGUCAAGCAAUGGAAACUUAUCGAAGUCUGUUCUGUGGACUCCAGCAACCACUCGUGUUGCCUCAUUAUACUCUGCUGCAGAUGUCUACGUAACAAAUUCCCAGGGAGUUGGUGAAACAUUCGGGAGAGUGACUAUCGAAGCAAUGGCUUAUGGUCUUCCGGUGCUUGGAACAGACGCUGGAGGAACAAAAGAGAUAGUUGAGCACAAUGUUACAGGGCUACUUCACCCUGUGGGGAGGCCAGGUAAUAAAUUUUUAGCUCAGAACCUUUUGCUUCUUCUUAGAAACCCAUCUACAAGGCUACAACUAGGUAACCAAGGACGUGAAAAAGUUGAGAAGAUGUACAUGAAGCAGCAUAUGUACAAGAGAUUUGUGGACGUACUAGUCAAAUGUAUGAGACCUUAAGUGUGUACUUCCCUCGUUUACUUUUGGUUUAGUACUGGUAAGAUCGUGUAUCAGAAAGUAAAAAAAAAAGAACAAAAACCCCCCAAUUCUUACAAAAUUUCUUGCUAUUCUUUGAA